AAAACAAAAAUUUUGUACGCCAUUAUGUCGAGUCCUUUAAUGAUGAUGGAUGUACAUGUUUUUGAGAAUCGUUGACAAUAUAGAGAAUUUUAAAAAUAUGUCGAAAGAUCCUCGUGAAUACAGCUUAUUAGAUAUCCUAGCAUUGAAGCACUAUCCUCAAGUUUUACGGGUUUCACGUCCUUACUACUCAAACGGAAGAGAAUAUUUAAAACGCGGUCAGUAUAUAACAGUCGUUGAUCGAAAAAAAGUCGAGCUAAUCGCAGGUGUGGAUCAAGAGCGAAGGUUUUUUCAAAUACGAAAAGAUCGAUCCUGUCAUGUCGAAGACGUUGAAGACGAAAGAGUGGUACGGAGUUUGGGUAUUGUCGUGGAAUGUGUGGCCAGCAACAAGCACAUCAAUGCGAUUGAAUUCCGAAAAGAAAUACGCCAUGAAAAAGUUACAUUUGGAGUCGGAGAAAAAUUCACGAUUGAGAAAAUCAGUAAAUCGUUCCGUGGACGGACAAAAAAUGUCGCUUUGCGACGUAAAAAAGACGGCAAAAUAUAUCGGUUUCCUAUUGAUUUAAUCGGGUCAUUUAAACUGUUGCCAGGUAAAAUGAUCCUGCCGCUUUCUCGAAUUCUAUCCUUACGCCCACUCCCAAUUACAGUUCGUUUCUUAAACUCUCCAACUUCGACAAACUUUCCGACAGGCAUAGUUGAACUUCGGGAAGCAAUGUUAUGUGACGUUGUUUAUAUUUUAACUGUUUCAAAAGGCUUAUAUACAUACGAAGCGUUAUCAAUAGAUUCAAAUAUAGUCGUGGAAAAAUGCAACCUCCUAAUACCAAAACCUAUUUUACGUGUUAUACCAAAUGGAAUGUUCGUCAACUCAACAGAUUUUGUUCAUCCGAUAAAGGGGACGUAUAAACGGAGAAUGGAAAACAUCGAUUCAAAUUUAUAUGAAGAUAUAUUCGCGCAUAUAUAUUACGGUAGCGCUUCAUUCGAAAAGAAUGCAGAAGAUGACAAUCACCUGACAAUAAUGUCGGAACAUUUGUCGAGUGCUAAAUCACACGAAGAGCUCCAACACAGUACCCAACAAAGUUCGGAGUCUAUUCACUUAACAAAUAAAGAUAGGGAACAACCUCCGGCACCUCUACCACGUUACUCUAAGAAAAUCAAAUAUCGUAAUACUAUUUCAUUUCCUGCCAUCCAAGAGCAUGAACGAUUCCCUGCACUCGAGAAAGCAUUUGAAGUUUCACCUGUCGCCAGAAGUACACCUAAAACUACAAUGGAUUGUGGUACUAGUAUGGACGAUACUAUUGGUCGAUCGAUUGGCGCCGAGUAUCAAAAACAGUUUUCCUUUCAAAGUGGAUUGCCAGGAUCACUCAGUGGAUCUACCAGCGGCUCGUUAAGAAGUAUAAACAGCUCAGUUCGUUCAACAAGAUCAUCCUCAAGUGACCGACAAGGCAUCGCUGAAAAUGCUGCCAGACUGUUUUACAACCCACACAACGAUGCCGAUACCCAUCCACGUGAUCAAUCGCAAUUUUAUGACGGGCCAACUGCAUUACGACGUCAUAGUCGGACGUCAAGCAAUGCUACUAUUGAUAGUUUCGACUCAGGCGUCGCUUUAACGAACGCUUUUAACUCUGCUGCUAGUUCAGCUUUAAACAGUCCAACAGUGGAGGAGAAUCCGUUGUACUCAUCCACCCACAAGCAUCAUGGUUCUUCGAAUGUAAGAAGGAUUACUUUGCCACCACCAGUGCCUCCACGUGAUCCAAUAUACAAAAAUAUUGUGCAGGUCGAUAUCGACAUUGGCGAUACGGCGUCAAAUAAUUAUAAUGACGACAGGACUGAGUCUCCAUAUGAACAUUUACCAGGAGAUCAGCUUGAUUCUUCCUUUGAUUUCAGAAGUCACUCUCUGCAUGAGGUUGGUGCACCUGCCGGUGAGGUUAGAAAUCGAGUUUCCGAAACUAGACCUCCCAUGCUGACUGAGCUUUCUCUUGCUCCGACGAAUCAAUUCUCCACAUUACAGUUAGAAGAAUCGCCGCCUUAUUUACAUGUAAGAAGUAACUCCAUGGACAUCGCUCACAUGACACAAGAAGAUGUCGGAAACCUCUUGGCGCGUUUAAAUUUAAGCAACUACAUUCAAAUAUUUUAUAAAGAACUCAUAAAUGGACAACUUCUUCAAGAGCUCGAAGAAAGAACUCUAGUUAUCGACCUUGGUAUGACACAUUUCCAAGCACGGAAAUUAUUUAAAUACGUACAUGGAUGGAGACCUAUACUGAGAGAUAUAAACGAUAAUGAACUUAUUGCCGUGCCUUCAAACCCUUUGUUUUGGUCUGUUACCAAUGUGUUUACAGAGUUACAAAUGAUCAACUUGCAACAGUUAGCUUUUUUCUGUAAAGAUCAUCAAAUUGAUGGCUCCCUUUUAAAAGACUUGAUCGAAAAUAAAAUAAUUUAUAGUUUAAAAGACGAACAUGGUGUACCAUUAUCAGGGAUUGAACUUUCGCGCCUGAAGGCUUUUAUUUUAAACAAAUGGAAACCAGACAGGGUACACACUGGAAAUACCAAUACGAGUUUUCAAAGCGGAACAUCUUUCGAUAAAAAAGACAAAAGCGAAAAGAAAUACAAACCUUUAUGGAAUCGAUUAAUUGCGCAAGCUACCGGGUUGUCAUAAAUACUGUAACAAGCUUCAGGGUACAAAUUUUCCGUUUAGUUGACGACUUUUACUAUUUUGUAUUAUAUUUUUAUUUACCGUAUAUUUUAAGUUCAUGUAACAAUUAUUUAUAUAUUCUUAGUUCUCAUUUUAGUUUUACAUUAGGAGUAAAUAUUUUGUAGAUUUUUUUAGGCGUGAUUAGACUGGAGUUACAAGUAGCGUAAAAUGAAAAUUUUCUUUUUAAAUAGCAACUCAAUAUAUAUAGUUUCUGUAAUUUUUAUAAGGUAUAUUUUAAAGGGGUUACGAAGUAAGGUACUAUUUUCAACUUUAGUGACUUACACGAAAUUAAAAGAGGCGGUGAAGAAACGGAAAGGGACAAAUAAACUCGAGAGAACUUCGUAACCUUUUUUAACGCAAUUAUUAUAAAGUAUCUGUACUGAUUAGUAAUCAAAAAUGAAAUUUAAAUUUAGUUUUUCUCGAACGAGAAAAAGUCUUUGCCGAGUCAAUCUAGUCUAUUGGUUAAAAGAAAACAAAAAUGCCUAGCAAUAUGAUACUGAAAAUUGAAGUAACAUCAAAAACGUGUUUUUUGCAAGGACAUGAGAAAAUUCAUAUAUACGUCAAUGCUACUAUGACAUCGACAUUUUUAAUAAAAAAAUUUAUAAAAAUAACUUUUCUUUGUAAGAUAACAUGAGAAUGAUUACAAUUUAGUUCCCAGUAUAUUUAUAUAACAACUUAUAUCAUUAUAUAAAAAGACUGUGACGAAAGUUGUAUUUUUUUUCAAAUAAAAUACGUUCUAUA